UAUAAAACUGCGAUUCCUAGGCCUUUUGACGUUUGACUACGAAACUCUCUCCAAUAUCUCCUCAUUUCUCUCGUUCUCUCCCUGUUAAUCCCUCUUUUGCCUACUCUCCUCCACACUCCCUCAGCAGCCCCCCUCCUCUCUAUCUUUCUAUCUACCCUUUUUGCCUGUACUCUCGAAUUCUCACAUCAGUUGUAUAUAUAUAUAUUUUUAUGUUCUUAAAGCGUUUUUAAUAUUUCCUAUUUCUAACGUUUUGUAUGAAAAUUUCCCAUCUCUGAUGUUUUCACCUAAAAUCCAACCCCAUAACCUUCAUUCCAUUGAAAAAAUGAAUCGAUUUUCUACCAAGUACACAGAGCAUAAAACUGUGACCAACAAGCUGGUGAAAUGGGAGGACUCAAAAGCCACAAGAAUAGUACGGAUUUCAGUUACUGAUGGCAAUGCUACGGACUCGUCUGGUGAUGAAAAGGAGGAAUCGAAAAGGCAUCAUCCAAGAGUCAAAAAACAUAUAAACGAGAUAAGAAUAACAAGUUGUGGGAGCGACAGAACAGCAGAGGAUGCAAAAAAAUCUUCAAAAGUGGUAAGCCGGCAACAAGUUGUGAAAAAAAUUUCAAGGGAUCAGUGUUCUUAUCCAGGGGGGAAAAGGUAUCGUGGUGUGAGACAAAGGCCAUGGGGGAGGUGGGCAGCAGAGAUAAGAGACCCUUAUAGGAGAACCCGGCUAUGGUUAGGGACUUAUGAUACAGCAGAGGAGGCAGCCAUGGUUUAUGAUCAGGCUGCUAUUCGUAUUAAAGGACCUGAUGCACAGACCAAUUUCACACAACCUCCGGUGAGCAAACAACAUGCCCCAGAUGUUGAUAUUAACGUUAACAUUUCUGGGUAUGAGUCUGGUAAAGAAUCUCAUAAUAGUCUGUGUUCUCCAACUUCUGUGCUUAGAUUUCAAUCUACAGAGGAACCGGGGCCAGAGUCACAGGUUGCCGUACAGAGUGAUUGUUGCUGGAGGAUACAAACGCAAGAAGAGGUGGUUCAAGAAGAAAUAAUAAAGGUCGGUGAGGAUGAUGAGUGUUUGGUUACGGAUCCUUUGUGUUUGAAAGAGUUUUGGGAUUUUGAAAAUCCUGCUCCGAUUUUUUUUGAGGACUGUAGUGUUCCGGAUACUGUUUUGAGAGAAGAUUAUGCUGAUAUCUCGGUACAUUUGGAUGGUGAUUUCGGUUCCUGUUUAUGGGAUGUCGACAAGUACUUUGAGGCCUAACCACUCUCUAUUUGGGUUUAAGGUUAUAGCUAUCUACCUACUGGUAUGAUGGUUCGGUAAAUUCCGAGGGGAGUUUUGGAUUCGUACCGACUUGUUUUGUUUUUCCAUUUUAGCUGUAGUAGUUUUGUCUAAAAAUUGUAAGUUUUAGCUUGCAAUCUGCAAAAAUAUGUAGAUUCUUUCCUCUUUA